AUGCCUUCCUACGCUUCCGGUUUGAUCGGCUUCGAUUUUCCCAGAUCCCACAAAUCGCCUUUCGCAAAUGCGAGGAGAAUCGACAGAGUUUAUAGCGAAUUUUUGAAAUAUGGUGAGGAAUUGACUAGAAAUUUGGAGCAACCAGCGAUUUGUCGAGCAUAUGCCAGUUAUUUUGAGCAGCAAGAAGAGAGGAGAAAUUCGGGAAGAGAGGAGAAAUUGAAAAAGAGGUGAAUUAGGAUAACUUGAAUAAAUAUAGCAUUAGUUUGAUUUUCAGAUCAUUAAAAAGACACUUGCACUUGGUUUCACAUCUACAAAACCGUGAAAUCGGUCAAAAUUCCCAUGGAAAGCGAAAUUUGGCGAGCACAAUCUUAAGUUCAGAAUGUCGAGAAUUCCGCUUCGAUCAAACACUCUACGGUCGACUCGAAACAAUGCAAUUAAUCUGGAGAAAUCGUCGAAUAAUCGCGGAAGAUUCGGAAAAACUAAUAGACUAUGAAACGAUGAACAGGAUUUGUGAAUUGAAUCCAGUGUGCAGAUUAUUAUCAGUAGAUGUGGCAGAUGUGAUUUAUUAUCCAUUGAAAAUUGAUCAAAUUAUGAUUGUUGAUGUAUUUGGGAUGGAUAAAUAUUUAUUGAUUCUAAGAGACGGAUUUUUACAAGUGAUCAAUUGGGAAAAUCCCACAGAACAGGAAAGACAAUUUGAUAUACCGAAUGGUUUGAAAAAUCGAAAAAUUGGCUGGAAAAAUAUCAAUGAAUCGAUUUAUUUCGAAGGAAAACGGCGAAAUGAACAGAAAUCUUGUGAUGAAUAUGUUUUUAUGGUUUUCAAUGCGUAUCCUUUUGAAUUAGUGACUAGUUUUACUAUUGAUGAAUUCGUAAGUUUUUCUGGAAAAAUCGCUGGAAAAUUUGUUAAUUUCAGGCUUGCCCGCGUUCACACGGUAUUUCAAAACAAAUUGCGAUAAAUGAUGAUUUUAUUGAAGUUUUGACGGAAGAAAAAGCUUUGCUUUUUUCAUUUGAUGAUAUUUUGACGCAGCUUGAUGAGAUUGGAUCGACUUCCUGGGACUUUGGAGGAGAACCUGAUCUCAAUCUUCCUAGAUUUGGAGAACCUUUGAGGAUUAUGAAUGGGAAUUUAAAGGGAUUCUACUGUUGUCCAAGACUCAGCCCGCUUAUUGUUGGAUUUCCGGAGAGCGGUGCCUUAUUGAUGCAAAAUCUGCGAGAUUCUGAAGGUCUCGUGGAAUUCGAUGAAAAUGCCAGCAGCGAUUUUGGAAUGGUAUCGCUGAAAAAUUUGAUUUUCCCAGACCCCCCCACUUCUGUAUUUUUGGUCUAUGAAAAUUGCGAUUUGGUGAAGUAUUGUGUUGGAUAUUUGACUGAAAAUCAUCGUUUGAGAAUCGAGGAGAUUUGGAGAAUUCGGAUGUUUCCGAAGGUUGAAGAUCGGAAGAGGGAUAAUGAAUCUUUGGAGGAUUGUGUGGUAAUUUUUUGGGGACUUUUAAAAAUAUGUGGCCGAGAAAUGCCGGGAAUUUGACCACGCGCGCUCUAAUGUUGCGAUAAUUAGAGCGCGCGGCCAAGUUCUCGAGAUUUCUCGGCCACAUAUUUUUUUGUGAAGUAAAAAUCUGACAAACUCUGAUUUUUCCCCAGAAUUUUGUACGUUUCAAAAUGAUUCAAGUUCAAAGUUUCUCACGAUUUUUGAAAAAAAAUAUUCCAAUUUUUUCCAGAAAAUCCACGAUACAACUUUGGCCGACGAAAAUUUGAUUGUAAAUCUAUCGAUCGAUUAUGCAAACAUCCACCCAAACGGCAUUUUUGACCCCAAAAUUCACCCGGAAAAAAUUAUUGUUCAAUUCACAUAUAUCAUCGAUUUCAAAAAUGGCGAGAUUCUGCGUGUCAUUCCGAUUGUUGGCCUGCUGCAAAAUCAGCGAGCAAUGCAAAUCGAUGAUGAUUUGCUGAUUAUUGAGAAGAAAUCGGAAAUUAUUGCGGGAUUGGAGGUUUGGGAAUUGAUUGAACCUCAACAAUUUAUUGGAUUUCAACGAAAUCACCGGGAAAAUUUGAAUUAUGGAAGUCGAAUUUGA